UCCCCACACAGGAGCCGGGCCGCGGGACGAUGGCGUUGACGGUGCUGCUGCUGCUGGAGUUGGCUCUCUACGCCAGCUGUUUCGUCUGUGGGAUUGUCACCGCCGCAUCCAUCACCAUAGUCCAGGGUAAUUUUGGAGGUCGGUGCAUGCUCUAUGGACUCCUCAGCUACAAUGCAACAGCCAGCCUCAUUGGAGUGCAGUCGUCCAGCUCCUCCUCCCUGUGUUACUUUGUGUCGGCCAUAUCGGUCACGGUGGCCGUGGUGUGUUUCUCGCUGUCUCUGUACUGGCUGUACAGUUUCUGCAUCGACGGGGAAAUCAGAAGGGAGCGCAUGUGGAUGAACCUGAUCAUGGCCGUGUGCGGCGCCUUCCUGUUCUUCCUGCUCGUCACGGGCUGCAUGUUGAAGAUCGGCCGUGACUCGCUCUGCAACUCGGUCAUACAGGCCGUUCCCAACAUUACCAGAUGUGAGGAGGCCCAGGCGAGACAGUGGGUCAGUCCACUUAAAGGAGGGAAGUUCUACAACAGUCUGUACAAAGCCGAGACGGCGGUGUGGGUCAACUUCUUCUUCUGGCUCAUCAUUGGGGCUCUGGUGAUCGUUCAGAGGCGUCAGAGUUCAGGCCCGAGCGCGAUCGCAGGAGGGUACGGCGGGCCGGCAGGAGGGCUUUUUGGUGAUCCGGGGGUGACGGCUGCAGAGACGGAGCCAUUUUUUAACCGUCCUGCCAGGCCACAGUGAGGAGGGGGUGGCACAGAUGACCUACAAAAAUACAACAUGAUAAUGUGGGAGUAGAUGUGGGAAAAGGGUGAAUACAUUCAGCGUGCACGUCCAGUGAAUACAAACACAUUUUUAUGCGUCUGUGGUUCUGACAGCUGUGGCCAGAGGCUUUAUGUUUUUGAGUUGUCCGUCCAUCAGUCCCAUUCUCAUGAGGGCGACUUCACAGGAACACCUUGAGGGAAUGACUUCAAAUUCGGCACAAAUGUCCUCUUGAACUCAAGGAUUAACUAAUUUUUUACUCUGUUCUUUUUUUAUCUCAAUGGACUUAAACACUGACAUAUAGCACUAGUCCACCACAAGCUCAUUGGUUCUGCUAAUAUUGAGCUUCAGGUGAUUGUUGUUGCACCAUGUAAUAAAGUUCUCUAUCAGUC